AUGCCGCAAUCCUUCCUCCUCCUCCCCUCCUUUUUACCCCCAGCUUCCCUCGUUCGCGUCGCCUCGCGGCGGCCGCCGCCGCCGCCGCCAUCCCUCACCGCCCUCAGACUCCACCGCAUCUACGCCAAGCUUUCCCCGCCACUCCUCGCGGCAUCCCACAGUCGUCCAGGCGGCUUCCACGGUUAUGGUGACUCCGGUGGCAGUGAUGGAGGAAGUGGAGGCGAUGGCGGGAGAGGAAUGGAUUCUCCUGACCCCGGCGAUGGUGGCUCCAGGCCCUCCACCCGGAGUUCCUCCUCCUGUUCCUGCUCCUCAUGUCUGGCGCCGCGUCCACAAUCACUGAGACCCUCGGCAACUCCGGAGGUGACGUGUGUGUGGGGGGCGUGUGGGAGGUGA